UCAAGGAUCGGAAGGUGGUGGUGCUAGUGGACAACGGGUCAUCGCACAACUUCAUCAAUGCCGACUUGUCCCAGAAGAUGAACUUACCAACCACGAAGAUUAAGCCUUUUGAGGUACGAGUAGCCAAUGGUGAGAGGCUGCAAUGCACCAAAUCCUUCCGGAAGGUGCCAAUCAGGUUCAGCGGAGUUACAGUGAAGGCUGAUCUCUAUGCCUUACCGCUGGUUGGGCCGCAUGUCGUCCUAGGUGUACAGUGGCUUGAAGGGUUAGGCAAGGUGACCACCGACUAUCGGACAGGAAUUAUGGAGUUUAACUCUGGAGUUUGGCGGGGUGGAGGCCAAAUAUUUCAAGUAGUAGUGGAGAAAACUGAGGCGCACAUAGACCAAGAGGAGCAACAGCAGGGAGAUGUGCACGAGCUUCUCCAGAAAUUUGAGGGAGUACUGGGCGAGCCUAAGGGACUACCCCCACACCGAGAGUUCGAUCAUCGCAUACCACUGAUCAACGAGCAACACGCUAUACACGUUCAUCCUUAUAGGUACGCUUACUUUCAGAAAACCGAGAUCGAACGGCAAGUGGCCGAGAUGCUAGAAUCAGGACUAAUCCAGCAUAGCAAGAGUCCGUUUUCUUCUCCAGUCUUGUUAGCCAAAAAGAAAGACGACACGUGGAGGUUCUGUACUGACUACCGAGCUCUGAACGCUGCAACCAUCAAGGACCGAUUUUCUAUCCCGAGUGUCGACGACAUGCUCGAUGAGUUAGCCGGGUCACGCUAUUUCUCAAAGCUCGAUCUGAGAGCUGGUUACCAUCAAAUUCGACUCCAUCAGGCCGACAUUCCAAAGACAGCAUUCCGUACGCACCAGGGGCACUAUCAGUAUCUAGUUAUGCCAUUCGGAUUGUGCAACGUCCCAUCCACUUUCCAGUUCGCUAUGAAUUCUAUCUUCAAGGAGUAUCUACGUAAGUUCGUUCUGGUAUUCUUUGAUGAUAUCCUGAUCUAUUCGAAGUCAUGGGGCAAGCAUCUUGGGCAUUUAAGAGUAGUGCUCGAAAUUUUGGAGGUCAACUCAUUCCAUAUCAAGCCAUCCAAAUGUUCAUUCGGGCAGAAGAUGGUUGAGUAUCUAGGGCACAUCAUAUCACACGAGGGCGUGAAGGUUGAUCCACGAAAGAUUGAGGCUAUGGUCGAUUGGCCUAAACCAACAAGUCUCACGCA